AUGGUUCACGCUGUUCCCACCACCGACGGUCGGAUCCUUGAUCCACGAUUCAGUGGAAUUGACGAUGUGUUCAGGGAAAACUUCUCCAUGGGCCUCGAAUCCGCGGGUGCAUGUUUCGCCGUAUUCCAUAAUGGGCGAUUGGUUGUUGAUCUGUGGGGAGGUGCUCAGAAUCGAGAAACUGGUCAGCCAUGGAAGGAGAACACGAUGUCAAUUAUGUUUUCAACAACCAAAAGUGUUGCCUCCACGAUUCUGGCAAUGGUGAUGGAUCGCGAAGGAGUGCCGUAUACAAAGAAAGUCGUCGAAUUUUGGCCAGAAUUUGCGAAAAAUGGCAAGCAGGAUGUUACCAUCGUGGAUAUUGUACAUCACCAGGCUGGUCUACCAUAUUCCGAUCAAACUAUCACUAGAGAAGACGUAGCUGAUUGGAGGCGGAUGAGUACAUACUUCGAGGAUGCCACUCCUAUCUGGGUACCAGGAUCUCAAGCGGGCUACCAUGCUUUGACGUUCGGGUUUUUGGUUGAUCAAAUCGUCCGGCGGCUUGACCCUUGUCAUCGUGGCUUGACUGAUUUUCUGAAGGAGAUUACGCUGGAUAACGGGAUCACGGAUCUAUCAAUCGGCUUGCAACAUACUGAUGACAACGACCGCGUAGCUGUACUACAAUAUCCGGGUGACCUGCAAAUUGAAUCCGAAGGACGACGAAAUCCUGAGUCGUUGCGAAGGUGGAAUGCUGGUGAUAAUGAUCACCAUAAACGACUCUAUGAGACAUGGCCCUGGAUUACUACUGAUGAUGUGAAUGUUUUGAGCGUGUCUAGAUUCUUUUUGAAUCAAUUUAAAGAUGCAAUACAUAGUGAUCUGACUUUACUGAAGACAUCUAGUAGUAAGGAGUUUAGCCGUGGGGGAAAUAUACGGCAUUAA